CGCAGCGCGGGGCCCAGUGUUACGAGCGCGGAGCUCCGGGCGCCUCGGAGCCAUCCAGCGGAAAGUCGGAGCCUGGCAGCACCCCGCCCGCCCCGCCAUGGAGUUCCUCUGGGCCCCGCUCCUGGGGUUGUGCUGCAGCCUGGCUGCCGCCGAGCGCCACACCGUCUUCUGGAACAGUUCCAACCCCAAGUUCCAGGAUGAGGACUACACAGUACAUGUGCAGCUGAAUGACUACCUGGACAUCAUCUGUCCCCAUUAUGAGGACAACUCUGUGGCUGAGGCUGCCCAGGAGCGUUACACUCUAUACCUGGUGGAACACGAGCAGUACCAGCUGUGCCAGCCCCAGUCCAAGGACCAGGUCCGCUGGAAGUGCAACCAGCCCAGUGCCAGACAUGGCCCUGAGAAAUUGUCAGAGAAAUUUCAUCGCUUCACACCCUUCACCCUGGGCAAGGAAUUCAAAGAGGGGCACAGCUACUACUACAUCUCCAAACCCAUCCACCACCAAGAAGACCAGUGUAUGAGGUUGAAGGUGAUGGUCAAUGGCAAAAUCACUCACAGUCCUCAGGCUCAUGUCAACGCGCUGGACAAGAAAUUUGUAGCAGAUGACCCCAUUGUGCAGGUGCUGCACAGCAUCGGGCACAGCGCUGCCCCUCGACUCUCCCCACUCGCCUGGGCCGUGCUGCUACUGCCCUUCUUGCUGCUGCAAGCCCCAUGAGUAGGCCUCUGCAUCUGGCCUGAGGAUUGGAGCUGGGCCGAGCAGGCAGGGGCAGGCCCCUGCAACCUGCGCAACAACCCUGGUCCUGGGACCUAGGCCCACCACACACAUGAAGCUGCCAGCCAGAAACCUCAAGACAGGUCAGGAUCCAGGGCUUCAACCCCAGGAGGCCAGUCAACCAGCCUGGCAGUGCAGACCUACCUCCACCUGAGAGUGGGGCAAAGGUGUGGGGACACUUCUUUCCCUGCUGGUCCUACCCACAAGCCAAAGAAAUCAGCUGUGCAGAUGGAGCCUCCUAGGAAGGAAGCACCAUGGGAGCUGAGCUAGAAGGGGCCUGGCAGGGGUGCCCAGCCUAGAGGGAACCGGGGUGCCCCAAUGAACUGAGAGAAGGAAAUGAGAAGGCCAGUGUCCCACACAGGAGCAGGGGACCGAAGGACAGUGUGCUUGGGCUGACCCAGCCUCUCUCCCUGAGACAUUAGUCUGUGGAACUGCCAUGGAGAGAUCUGUAACCUGGCACCUCAUUCUCUCCCAGGACUGUGCCAGCAGGGCGGCUGUGCCAACCUGUUCCCAAGUGUAGCUGUAAAGGCGUCAACUGUGCAGUCUGUGCCUGGAGUCAGCCUAAAGGGCAGGGCCCACGUGUGUGCAGAGUGUAUAUAAACUUGCUGUGUGUCUAUGCUAAUUUCUACAACUGGAGUUUUGUUUUGUUUUGUUUUUAUACAGUGUUCUUUGUCUUAAAAUAAAGCAAUGUGUAUUUUUG